AUGUCUCUUUUGCAAGGACCGUCCGCGAAACAGGAGGAGAUGAUAAAGCAGGAGCUCGGCGAGAACCCAGGGGAUAUUGAACGGGGUGUGAUAGACCUUCGCAGCAUGUGCGCUGCCAACCCCUAUCUGCCACGACCGGAGGCUUUUGACAACCGCAUAUUCGAGGUUUUCCUACGAGGAUGUCGGAUGGACUUCGAAAGGGCUCGAAAUAAAUUCGAAGCCUUUUGCUACACCCGUUCCCGUUACAGAGAUCUCUUUCUUCAUAGAUCACUCAACGAACCACCACUGAACAAUGUUGGGAAAUUCUUGGAUAUUGUGCCGCUCCCCAAACUUACCGAUGACGGUCUACGGGUUACCAUAUUCAGAGUGCGGUCCGGAUAUCCUGAAAGUGCUGUAGAUAUAUCGGCUACAGUAAAAGCAAUUUUGCUCAUUUCCGACACACGACUGUUCGAUGAAAAAGUCAUAUUGGGUGAUGCGUUUAUUUGGGAGGCAAGCAACGUACGCGCCUCUAUGGCUGCAUACGUAGCGGCUGGUGCAAAUGCAAUCCGACGCAGCAUUUAUCUUGCACAAGGUGCGUACCCGCAGCGCAUGCGCAGAAUACACGUCGUCGGAGCUCCGGGUCUAGUCGCCUCGUCUCUGAAUCUCAUGCGAUCAUGCGUCAACGAAAAAGUUCGCAAUCGGUAUUAUCUGCACAACAAAGUCGAAGAGCUGCUGGAGCAUUUCCCUGCGAGGAUUCUGCCGAUGGAAUGGGGUGGCGAGGAGGAAUCAUUCGACGCGCUCAACAAGAAAUGGCGACAAAGGGUCGAAGAACUCCGGGACUAUCUUCGCAACUUUAACGAGCUCUGUCAAGUUGCGCCGGAACCGAAAUACGACAAUGAUAUAUACGGGUCUGCCGGCUCAUUUAGGAAACUGGAAAUCGAUUAG